AUGCAGUUCAAACCCUCCGUAUGGGCAGUGCUCCCGCUGCUUUUGAAUCUCAGCUCUUCGGUACAAGCAGCAUGCUCUGGUUCUGCCACAAAUCGUGUUGCGAAAUCUUUGCGAAGGAAUAUGGGAUCUGGUGUUGGGAACUUCAGCAACAAUGUCUACCAAACCGACUUCGACGGUGUCAUGUGGGACGAGGAUAACUGGCUACUGUCAACUACAAAUCUGGAGCAAGGUCAAUUCCAGACACGAGGAUCCGUGGCGAACGGAUAUCUAGGCAUCAACGUUGCUAGUGCCGGGCCAUUCUUCGAGGUCGACUCAAUGGAAGACGGAGGUGAUGGAAUUAGCGGUUGGCCUCUGUUUUCGCGCCGUCAGUCUUUUGCCACAAUCGGUGGAUUUUUCGAUGCGCAGGCAAAUACCAAUGAGUCUAACUACCCGUGGCUGUCCCAGUAUGGCUGGGAUAGUGUAAUCAGUGGAGUGCCUCACUGGAGUGGCUUGAUUCUUGAUCUUGGUGAUGGUGUUUACCUGGAUGCGACUGUGGACAACACUACCAUCUCCAAUUUCCGCACAACAUAUGACUUCCAAGCUGGUGUUCUGGUCUGGAAGUACACCUGGGCUCCGCAGGGUGUGAGUAGCUCUUUUAACAUCACUUAUCGCCUUUUCGCCAAUAAGCUUUGGGUCAACCAGGCGGUGGUCGACAUGCAGAUUGUAUCGAGCGUUGAUACCAAUGCCACAGUUGUGAACGUUAUAGAUGGAGCGUCCGCUGUGCGAACGGAUUUCGUCAACUCUGGUGAAGAUGAUGGCGCUAUUUACUCUGCAGUGCGACCGAAUGGAGUUGCAAAUGUCACUGCCUACAUCUACGCCAACAUGACAGGUCCAGGCGUGGACUUGUCUUCGCGUCAAGUUGUCACCGGAAAACCAUAUGUUAGCACAAAUGACUCGUCAAUUGCCCAGUCUGUCACCGUUAGUCUCAAGGCCGGCAAGACAGCCCGUAUCACCAAGUUUGUUGGCGGCGCAUCGUCCGAUGCCUUUGAAGAUCCUCAACAGGUAGCCAAGAAUGCUUCUUCUACCGCCCUGCGCAAUGGGUAUUUGAGAUCUCUACGCUCGCAUGUUACUGAGUGGGCAAAUGUCAUGCCUGAUGAUUCGGUCGAUCGCUAUACAUUCCCUAACGGCACUCUGCCUAAUGAUACCCUCAUCAUCGAUUCUGCUGUGAUCGCUGUUGUAAACACAUACUACUUGCUCCAAAAUACUGUUGGCACCAACGCAAUCAAUGUGUCAUCGUCGACUUCUUUGAAUACGGACAGUAUUUCAGUCGGUGGCUUGACUUCUGAUUCUUACGCUGGACAAGUAUUCUGGGAUGCCGAUCUCUGGAUGCAGCCUGGCCUUUCGGCGUCUCACCCCGAGUCCGCUCAGCGCAUCACAAACUAUCGUGUCAAACUUUAUGACCAGGCCCAGGAGAACAUUAAAACCUCAUACGCUGGCUCUCAGAAUCAGACUCAGUUUUCUUCUUCCGCGGCUAUCUUCCCCUGGACUAGUGGACGCUAUGGCAAUUGCACUGCCACCGGACCCUGCUGGGAUUACGAAUAUCAUUUGAAUGGUGACAUUGGCAUGUCCUUUGUCAACCAGUGGGUCACUACUGGAGACACUCAAUUUUUCAAGGAGAAUCUCUACCCAAUCUACGACUCUGUAGCUACGCUAUACACAGACCUCCUGCAGCGAAAUGGAUCUUCCUGGACUCUCAGUAACAUGACAGAUCCGGAUGAGUAUGCGAAUAUGGUCGAUGCGGGUGGCUUCACUAUGCCACUAAUUGCCAAGACACUCACAAACGCGAAUGCCUUCCGCCAGCAAUUUGGCCUUGAGGAAAACUCGACCUGGGAUGACAUGGCCAACAAUGUCUUGGUCAUUCGCGAAAAUGGAGUGACCCUCGAGUUCACAACUAUGAACGGGAGUGCUGUCGUCAAACAGGCUGAUGUGGUUCUAAACACAUAUCCAUUAGAUUACACGUCCAACUACACUACACAAGACUCUUUGAACGACCUAGACUACUAUGCAGCUAAGCAGUCAUCUGAUGGCCCUGCAAUGACCUGGGCCAUUUUCUCCAUCGUGGCCAAUGACAUGUCUCCGUCUGGCUGCUCGGCUUACACCUACGCCCAAUAUGCGUUUAGACCUUACGCCCGGGCGCCAUUCUACCAGAUGUCAGAGCAGUUGACCGAUAACUCUACCACAAAUGGCGGUACUCAUCCCGCUUUCCCUUUCCUCACUGGUCAUGGUGGCUCUAACCAAGUGGUCUUGUUCGGUUACUUGGGACUCCGCCUCGAGCCUGAUGAUAUCCUUCACAUUGACCCGAACCUGCCGCCUCAAAUACCCUACCUCAAGUACCGAACAUUCUACUGGCACGGAUGGCCCAUUUCCGCUUGGUCUAACUAUACCCACACCACCAUCAGCCGUGCUUGCAAUGCCCCUCUCAGCACUGCAGACCAGCGGUUCGCGGGUAGGCCGAUCACCAUCAGCGCGGGUUCUGAGUCAAACUCGACAAGCUACCGACUACCCUUGGUAGGAUCCGUGGUUAUUCCAAACCGUCAAAUAGGGUCCGUAAACACCGUUGCCGGAAACCUUGCGCAAUGCAAGCCAGUGGAUUCCCUUGAUUCAUAUGAACCAGGCCAGUUCCCCAUCUCAGCAAUUGACGGAGCCGCAUCGACGAAAUGGCAGCCAUCCCAAGCAGCGAACUGGAGUUCCAUCACAGUCUCACUAGGCGCAGAACAAGGUUCAAUGGUAACCGGCUUCUACUUCGAUUGGGCACAAGCACCUCCCGUCAACGCGACCGUGAUUUUCCACGAUAAGAGUAUUGAUGCUACAUUGAAUUCCUUCCACCCAUCCAACGAAAACAUGCACUACACGGUCGCGACUACACUGAAUGGAAUCGUACUUUCCGAUCCCUAUGAUGCGAAGACCACCAAUCUCGAUGCCAUUGCCAUUCCCACAGGAAACACUACCAACGUCACACUCUCCUCACCAAUUCCAGCUGCGCAAUACGCAUCGCUUCUAAUUAAGGGAAACCAAGGUCUUGAUGCUGUUGAUGUGCAGUACAACAAUGGAACAGGCGCGACGGUUGCUGAGUGGGCUAUUCUAGGCCCGAAUAACCAGACUUCAUCUGUUUCGACCAAUGCGAAGAGGAAGUUAGGGGUGAAGGCGGCGAGAUUUUCAGACCCAGGAUCUAUGAUGCGUCGUCGUCAAUUUUUGGCCCAGCACUAG